UGAAGGAUGUUCCUUAUACCCCGGUGAAGGCCGCUGAAGUACGGCGCCCGCCGCGCUCCGGUCUGGUGGUCGCCGCGGUACGCUCUCUGCGCUCUCCGGUCGGGCUCAGUGAGCACAGACCGCCGCCGGCGGACACGGACGCGGUGUCAGAGACCGUACGAGCGGUGCCUCGCAAACGCUGCAAGAGAGGACCGGUCGCCUGGCCGCGGCGUGGAGGGUGCGGGGGCCGCGUGUGUGCGUCAACUCAAACACGGAGCAGACAGCGGUUCGGUGACCGCGCUGUGAAUUGUUUUUUAUUAUCCAGUGUACUGCGCGGUCUUUCAAGAUGUCCAACGAUGAGUUUGGAAUAUACAACUUCAACUUCAAGAAGAACAUGACGGCGGCUGUGGAGCGCUGCUCCGAGCACCACAAGAACGCCACGCUGCCGUACUACCAGUGUCUGUGCUCGGGACUGACCAGCGACUCGUUCGCCUACACACGGUACAAGUACUAUUUCUGCAAGCGAGCCGCGGACCUGGAGAAAGAGGAGUCCGCACAACACAUGAAGGAGGCUGGUGAAACGGUUGGCAUAAUUCUUGGUGUUUGUGUUCUCCUUUUCCUGCUAAUUUUCAUCUACAGAAAAUUUAAAGUGCAGAUCAGUCGAUGCUUAAAUUCAAUGUUCUCCAGCAUUGGCAUGCGUCAACACUAUGAGGCCUGCACCAGAAUGUUUUGUGUCUGCUGCCAGAAACAUCCCAAAUCACGACUGGACGAGCUGCCGCCCAAUCAGAACCUCUCGGGCCGCCCGGCGGGCCGGUGCGGCAACUUCUGCUACAGCAAUACGUUCCUCGGCUUCAUGGAAUUCAUCUGCGACUGCGAUUGCUUUCGCACGAGGCGUGCACCCAAGUACAUGAUGCCGAUUUUCGGGAAAGCCAAGCCGCGGUCGCCGAGCGAAGGGACCGAUGACGGCGGCGAGGACGGCUCCGGCGACCGGCUGCACGAGCCGAUCGAGAUGCAGCCGCCGCGCAGGAUGCGCUCGGUGCGCAAGGCGCCGCCGCCGCCUCCAGUCGCCGCUAGCGCGCCCUCUCUGCCGGACACACCCGGCUUCGACCCGGAACAGAGGGGCACGGGCACGGGCAAACGGCGCGCCCCGGUGCCCCCGGCGGUGCGCCAGCCGUACAGCGCGCCGCCGCCCCAGUACGAGCAGCUGCAGUUCGCGCAGCCGGCGCCGGCCGGCAGCUCGCACCAGUUCACCGCCGAGCUGAACCAGGCGAUGGCCGGCCGCCGCUGGCCGUCAGAGAGCGACAUCUGAACGGGCUCCGGCGCGGCCGCACGCGCAGCUAGGUCGGCUUUAGCACGCCCGACACGAAUCUCUAGUGGGGCAGACGGUGGCUGUUAAGGCCACUACUCUGAAGAAAGGAGCUUUUCUCUUCGUUUUAUAUUCAUCAACAAUAGGCGUGCCUAUAUGAUAUAGGAGUUGACUGCGAACUGUGACUGAUUUAUUUACUCUGUGACUGACAGUGAUCUGAUUUUUACAAGCGGCCUGCUCAUCAGACGCCGGGCACACGGCUAUAUUUUGAACGGCUGCUCAACGGGCGCUGUGAUCGAUGUCGAAAUCGGCUCGAUAUUUGCAGAUGUGCGGGGUCCGGUGUGGCAGCAAGACUGCCGUGGCAGUUUUGUCUUAUUGUGGAGAGGAGACUGGUUAAUAAAAAAUGUGAAUGAGUGAAA